AUGUCUUCUAUCAAAAAGGAGUAUUUAUGCCAAGUUACAAUUAUCGAAGCACGAGAUUUAGCUGGCAUAAAUAGUGAAGGUUCUUGUGACCCAUUUAUAAGAGUAACUUGUGGGAAUGCAGGCUCUCAAGCUACAACAGCAAAUGAAGAUAACACUAAUCCGUGCUGAAAUCAAUCGUUUACGUUUUCCAAAUUAAUGCUAACAGACAUGGAGCUGGAGACAUGGGAACUAAAAAUCGAGUGCUUGAACCACAAUCAAUUUCUCAAAAAUUCGCUUGUUGGGUCUUUUUCAUUUGGUUUAGCAACUCUACAUAGAAACUCAAAUCACGAGUUUUAUGGGAUGUGAAUCACGCUUUUGCAUCCAGACCACGGUUCAAGCCCUAGAGGCUAUGUACUUAUGAACUGCUUUAUUGUAGGGCCUCAAGAUAUCCCUCCUGCGCAUGCAAUAGGUGAACACAUGGGACUAGAAGAAGAUGCUGAUGAAAGCGACGAUGACAUGAUGGACGAACUUUUAACCCCAGAACAAAGAAAAUUAAAAAAAUUAAAAGCUCAAAGUGUCAAAAUUGUAGGUGCUCCUAUGAUUGCAAGAAAAAGCUAUCAGCUGUCAGUGAAUAUUUAUAAAGCUGAACAUUUUGGAAACCAUCCUAAUGCAUUUGUCAGUGCAAGGACGUGUGGGUUUGUGGAUAAAACUCAUACGAUGAAAGAAACCAAUGACCCAAUUUGGAAUGUAUGCUAUUUAUUUAUUAAUUUAUAGGAAAAAAAAUAAAUUAUUGCCUAAAUUAUAUAAGAAAUAGGAUAAUAUUAUAGUCAGUUUCUAAUAUUUUAUUUAAAAACAAAUAAAAUUAUCAUUCCCCGCGUAUAAACCAAUUUUAAAUGACAGAAUUACUGUCAGGGUGUGGGACCAAAGGCCUUUAGCAAGAGAUAUCAUGAUUGCAACUAUCCCAGAAAUCCCCAGCGACCACGAUUUUUUUAACAUCACAAACUUGCUCAGCAGAGGUGGCGUAAUGCCUUGCAGAUGGAUCCCUCUUUAUGGGCAGAAUCUUGAAGAAAGCUCUAUUUGGGAUGGUGUCAAAGAAAUGGUCGGCUCAAAGAAAAAAAGCUACAUUGGGACUUGCUAUAAAGGAAGGCUUCUCCUAUCACUUACUGUCUCUCCUAAUGAUGACCCAGAAACUGGUGCUUCCAGAGCUGCUCCUUAUAGAGAGCCUAUUGCAAAAAUCCACUCCCUCCGCGUUAUUUUAUUUGAGCUCAAAAACGCCAAAAACUGUGGCGACACUGUCAGAAUCCGUAUUUCGAUGGGGCCAUUUAAUGUUUGGUCCAAAAAAACAGGGAAAAGAGAAACAACUGACUCAAAUACUAAUGAGACUAUAGAAUAUUUCCAAUGGGGAUCAGCUUAUUCAGGCGAACAAAUUGCUGAAAUUAAAGAACCGUUCCCAAUUGACCCUUCUCAAGCUCCUGAUGUAUUUUUAGAUCUUUAUUCAGAAGGACUCUUGGGUGGAGAAAAAAGAAUUGGGUAUAUAAGAAAGCCAGCUUCUGAAAUUAUAGGGAGGGAUUACCCAUUUUGGCUACCUUUUAGGUCACUUGAUACUUACUUACUUAAAUUUAUACGCUUAACAUCCCUUACGGGGUUGCCCAUCCCAGAGCUUCCACCUGCCUAUGGCGCAUCGGGCCACCGGCCUCUGGGUCGACCAGCUUUGCUUCUCCAAGGUGCACCUAGUCGCAGGUGUUGCCGACUUCGACGGCUCAUGAUUGAGCUACUUCGCUUGAGGACAUGGGUUGCCAUUCCGAAAAUCCAUAAAAAAUGGAUUUUCUGGUAGGCUUUCGGCAAAAAGGAAAACACGAAGCCUGGGACGUAACGCCCAGUUUCACGCUAGGGAGUUACCCGAUUGGUCCUAACGGACUCUGCUGAGCUUCUCCUUUCCAACUUACGUGUCUCCUUCCCCAUGAGGAAAAAACAUCCCUGAAAAUAGACUUGGGCUAGGCUCUGAGCUCCACCAGAAUUCUUACCUAGCAUUGCUGUCCCUUUCUGAAAUGCAAAACCUUGCCGGAUAUAAUUAAAAUAUGGCGUCUUCGUCUGGGCAUGGCCUCCCGACCAUGCAGCCUCGACUCAUAUUUUAAUUAUAGGUCACUUGAUACACAUUCAGAAGUCGGCUCAGAUUCUCCUGGACUUGUACUGGUGUCAAUGAGCUAUCAAGUUGAUGAAGGGUCUGGGCAGAAAUCAGGGGUAGUUAAAAGUAAACCAAGAAAAGCUGAUAGGUGGCUUUGUUGAAAUGUGUAUGGAGGCCUUGAUAUGGCACCUUCAUUAGAAGAUGAAGAUACAAAUCUUGCAUUGAAAAUUUACUGUGGAGACUCCGUUAUCAAUUUACCUGAUGAAAUUUCAGAGCAAUGCGCCCAUACAAAAUAUCCCAUAUGGAAAUGGUCAGGGGUAAAGCCUCUGCAACUUCAUGAAGACUUGCAUUUUGAACAAAAUUUGCGCUUAGAAGUUUAUAAUAAAUCAACCAUUAUGAAAUGGUUUGAUUCUACUGAUGAAAUAGGGCAGUUUUCGGUGCCACUUUAUGUAUGUGAAAACCAAUGGAGUCAGCCUCAUUUUUUCCAUGUAAUUAAUGCAAGAGAACAAGGGGUUUCUCAAGGAAGAGUUCUAGCAGAAUUUUUUAUUGCAAAAUCAAGUAUUGAUAGCUCAAAUAAUCCAUGUAAAAGAGAAUCAGAAGCGACAAUGAAAUGUGACAUUGAGUUCGCUAUUAUAGGGAUCAGAAAUUUAGUCCCAAAAUAUGAAAAGCCUGAAAUCACAGUUACUAUACCAGGCUACACUAUGGAAAAAGAUGUAAAAGCAGAAAUCUCCGUUUCUGAAGUAAAAAAUAAAGACAGGUCGAAUCCGAAUUUCUUGACAAUAAUUAAAUUCAAAAACGUCACUUUGCCAGUGACACCUAUUUAUCUACCUGCUUUAUAUAUAAAGCUUAAGGAUACUGCAUUUUUGUCCUGAAAUGAGUGCUAUACGUUUAUUCCACUUAUGCCUUAUGCCCAUUGGAUCACAGAUGAAGCUAUCAAAAGAGAGGCACUUGAGCUUUAUAAUAGAAAUUUUACAGUAAAAGAGCUAAUAGAGCAAGUCCCACUGAGAUCAGUCCCACAAGAAAAAUUAAGAAGGACAGGAGAUGAGUCCUAUACUGAUUACGCAGAAGACUGUAUCCCUGAUGAUUCUGCUAAUGAAGAAGACAACAACACCCAAGGCAAAGAAUUGGACAUGUCUGAUAUUUUUGAUCCAAAAAAUUCCCGCCUUACCAAAAAAAUCCAAUUUGACAAAGUAGAAGUUGACGAAGAAAUCGAAAUUAGACUGAGAGAAGACAAAGAAAAAGAACUUAAUAGUGAACUAGAGAUUUUACGAGCACAAGCCAAAAAGCAAACUGAGAAAAAAGGUGAAGUAAAAGAAACACUGAAGCUGGAAAUAAGAAAAAAAGAAAGAGAGCUAGAUGUGGUAAAAGAAGGGGUGAUGACAGAAAAGAGGUUCAUGAAAAAAGAUGAAGUAUUGGAUGAGGACGGGUUUCAGUAUAAUAGACCGAUUUAUAAACAAGGGCCUUAUGAAGAAGCGUUAGAGCUACCAUAUGAACGAUACUUUUUGUUCAGAAAAACUAAAAAUACAGAAAAAUUAUCAGCAUUUAGGGUAGGUGAGCCUACUGGUGCUAUAUUAAAGUCAAGUGUAUAUAUAAGGAUUCUUGAGGACGGAAAGCCAUAUGACCCAAAUACCAGUUUCCCUGACCCUGAUACUUUUACAAAUGAUUUUAAUUUCUUCCAUCCAGGAUUUCGAGGAACUGAAACCCUCAUGUCAAUUUUCGGCGAAAACAACUUUGACGUAAGAGUUUAUAUAACCUUUUAUUAAGAAUUUACAAUUAUUUUUAUAUUUUUUUACUAUGACAGAAAAUUCAGCUUAUAGCAGCAUAUAUUAAGAGGACUCUCUUUAAGUGCAGUCGACAAUGCCCCUGAUUGAAUCGCCUUUUCUGGAGGCUUAGAUGCCUUAUCAAGCGCCAACAGUUACCCACAGCUGAUAAUAGGCGACCAUAAAGACGUUGAUGGGAAAUAUGUCAACGAUACAAAGCCAGAAUUGAAAAAUUUAAACCCUGAGUUUUUCAGGAGUUAUGAGAUGGAAGCAGAAAUCCCAUCUGAUUGGAAACUCCAAAUAAGUAUUUUCAAUUUAAACGAGUAUGGGUUCGAUAACAUUAUUGGCUCUACUAUAAUUGAUUUAGAAGACAGAUAUUUUGGCGAUCCUUAUACAAGUAAAAAACUUAUGAUGAAAGAAUUAAAAAAUCAUUGUGACAGAGAAAUUGAAGAAACCCAAGAACCUAAACUGAGAGAAUGGCUUGUAAAGAUAAGGAAAAAUGUCAAAAGAGAUGCGGCUAGACUAGAUGUAAGCCAGCAUGUUGCGCCUGUAGAAUACAGAGCUUUAGAAAACAGAGGGAAAAAGACAGCGCAAGGCAUGAUAGAACUGUUUUUAGAAGUCUUAGACAGCCAAGAAGCUAGCUCCCCCCCUCCGUGAGUGAACAAAACCAUUAGAAAGUUCUCUAUUUUUUUGCCCAAAAACCCAGCAACAAAAGCAUUUUUAUAGAAAGAAACUUUUAUAUAUAAAUGAUGAUUAUUAUAAUAAAAUCUCGAUCUAAUUCUGUUUAAUUUUAAACAAGUUGCGUUUUAAAAAAUAAAUUUUAUAAAUUAAAUAAAUAUAUUUGCUUUCCAAUUUUUGCGAAUUAGGGAUUUUUUUAAAUUUCGAAAAAAAAUAUAAAAAUAUAUUUAUAAAAUUUUAUAUAAAUUUUUUUAAAAAAAAAAAAUUAAACUCCUCUAGAGAACAAAAUUUUUUGUUUACUCAAGGAGGGGGGAUUAAGCUAAUCCCAGUCUCAAAGAUCGCAAAACCAAUUCCAGAAGAAUAUGAGCUUCGUUUUAUCGUCUACAAAUGUGAAGGAAUCCCUAGAAGGCCUGACAAAGAAGUUACUGAUAUAUUUUUCAGAGUCGCCUUCGACUGUGCAGGCUGGAUUGAGGAAUCAGUCCAAAAAGAAACAGACGCCCACAUGGGCUCAAGUGACGGCCACGGCGUUUUUAACUGGAGAAUGAAAUUCCAUUUCCAGCUGCCUUGUACAUUUGCAAGACUCCGUGUAAAUGCAUACGAUUUUUCUACUUUUGGGGACGAUCAAGUGGUUUCUGAAGUAAUUUUGGAUUUAUCGAGAUAUUUUAGCAGGGUGCUUAAAGAAGGAAAAUUAAGUGUGGAGGAGUCUUGGACAGAUUUGCAUUUGCCGAAUAAACCCGGGACAAAUGGGGGGAAAUUGAUGUUUUCGUUUUAUAUUUUAAGCUUGGCUGAAGCAAAUCAAAGGCCGGUUGGAGAGGCACAAGAUGAGCCGAAUAGAGAUCCAGAGCUGGAAACGCCAGAGGAAGGUAGAGGAGUUAGUGAUUUCUUAAAAGGAACUGCUUUUGAUGUGUCUGGCUGGUCAUUGUGGGAUUUUGGGAUCUUGAAAAAAAUAUUGGCUGUUUUAUCGUUGGGAGGUAUGGCGAUUGUGCUGUUUAUUUACCCAGGUUUCUUGACUGGUGGUGCUAAAUAAUUCAGAUAUUUAAAGUUUUUAUGUAAAAUUAUUAAAGUAAAAUAAAUUCUACUUAUUAAUUUUUAUAUAGAAAUAUAGAGACAAAAAUCCCCAUAACCUAAAUAA